GUCAAAUUCUGAUUGCUACUGAGAUAUUUUAAAACCCUAAAACCUAAAACAAAUCUGUAUCCCUUUCCAUUAGCUCACUGACUACGUAUCCUCAGUACAAUGACAUCUUUAGCUCUACCUGGAAGCUUUCUUGAUGUCAACAAAACCUGCCAUGGUAGACAUGCUGCUCGAAACUCUAUUAUAAGGUGUAAUGUGGCGGAACCACUUAUGUUUAGCAAAGAGAAUGGGAGACCAGGCAUGCCCCUCCAGGUUAAUGGAGAUCCUUCAUUUACUAAUCUCUUGAACGCCAAUCAGCUAAGAAGAUUUCCAGUUGCACAUGGUCACAAUGAUACCAGACUCCGUAUUUUCUCUGGGACUGCCAAUCCUGCACUUUCUCAGGAAAUUGCUAGCAACAUGGGUUUGGAACUUGGAAAGAUAAUGAUAAAACGUUUUGCUGAUGGCGAGAUUUAUGUCCAGUUACAAGAGAGCGUUAGGGGUUGUGAUGUAUAUCUUGUCCAACCUACCUGCCCUCCUGCUAAUGAAAAUCUGAUGGAACUCUUGAUAAUGAUUGAUGCUUGUCGUAGGGCCUCAGCCAAAAAUAUCACUGCAGUGGUUCCUUACUUUGGGUAUGCCCGUGCUGAUCGUAAGACUCAAGGUCGUGAAUCAAUUGCCGCCAAACUUGUAGCAAAUCUGAUAACAGAAGCUGGUGCAGAUCGAGUUCUUGCUUGUGAUCUCCAUUCUGGCCAGUCAAUGGGCUAUUUUGACAUUCCAGUGGAUCAUGUACCUGGCCAGCCUGUCAUACUUGACUACCUUGCGAGCAAGACUAUCUGCUCUGAUGAUCUAGUCGUGGUAUCUCCUGAUGUUGGGGGGGUUGCAAGGGCAAGAGCUUUUGCCAAAAAGUUGUCUGAUGCACCCCUAGCUAUCGUCGAUAAAAGGCGUCAUGGACACAAUGUUGCUGAGGUAAUGAAUUUGAUUGGUGAUGUUAGGGGAAAAGUGGCAGUUAUGGUUGAUGACAUGAUUGAUACGGCUGGUACUAUUGCAAAAGGAGCCGCUCUUUUGCAUCAAGAAGGAGCCAGGGAAGUUUAUGCAUGCACCACUCACGCGGUUUUCAGCCCUCCUGCAAUAGAGAGGUUGUCGAGUGGACUGUUUCAGGAGGUAAUCAUCACAAAUACCAUCCCGGUUGCAGAACAGAACUAUUUCCCCCAGUUGACCAUCUUAUCUGUGGCAAACCUCUUGGGUGAAACCAUUUGGCGUGUCCACGAUGACUGUGCAGGAGGCUUUGAGCCUUACUCAAGUUUGGGCAUUGAUUAGUUAGUUCCCAUUCAUUGGCUGCCUUGGAACUGUUGUCUAUAACUUGAAGCAGAAUUGUAAAUCCAGCAAAUUUCCAUCCAGUAACGAAGUGAGAAUUUUUAGCUGUAAAAAUAUUGCUUGCAGAAUGUUAUGUUGUAAAUCUUUCAACCAGUGACUUAAGUCCCUGGUGUAAAUAAGCUUUGGGAUGAGUUCUCUUUCUUUU